AUGUCGUGCUGCGCUCCCAACACCUCCCGCGUCCCGGCUAACGGUGACCCCGCCACUCGCGACCUUGUCCGCGAAAAGUACGCAACCGCCGUCACGUCGGUCACUGGUGGUGCCGGCGCCUCGUGCUGCGGCUCCAAGGCUACCGCUCUCUCGGGAUCGGACCCUAUCACUCGCAACCUGUACAGCUCUGACGAGACGAGCGACCUUCCCCCCGAUGCAGUCCUCGCGUCCUUUGGCUGCGGUAACCCAACGGCCCUAGCAUCGCUCUCUCCGGGUGAGACGGUUCUCGAUCUCGGUUCCGGAGGCGGAAUCGAUGUGCUCCUCAGCGCAAAGCGCGUCGGGCCGACAGGCAAGGCUAUUGGACUGGACAUGACCCCCGAAAUGCUCGCGUUGGCGCGCAAGAACGCCGAGACCGCGGGCGCCAAGAACGUCGAGUUCCUCCAAGGCAACAUUGAGAACAUUCCGCUCGAGGACAACAGCGUCGACGUCAUCAUUUCAAACUGUGUCAUCAACCUCUCCCCCGACAAGGACGCGGUGCUGGCGGAAGCCGCUCGUGUCCUCCGCCCGGGUGGUCGGUUCGCCGUUUCGGACAUUGUUCUCACUCGCCCUCUCCCUUCCGCCACCCAGAAGAACCUAGAGCUCUGGGCCGGUUGCGUGGCGGGCGCACUCACAGAGACAGAGUACAUGGCCAAGCUUAAGGCGGCUGGAUUCGAGACCGCCAGCAUUGAACCCACGCGCGUGUAUACUCGCGAGGACGCCGAGGCGAUCGCCAGCGGUGCUACCCCCGAGGACGCCCAGGCCCAGCUCGCCGCCAUUGACGGCGCAAUGAUGAGCGCGUUCAUCCGCGCCACCAAGCCCAAGGCGUAG